AUGUCCCAGCUCCUGGUCCUCCCACUUGUGAUGCUCGCCAUCAACUCGGACCUAGGAGCCUCCCAGGAAGCAGCUUUUGGUCCUUCUCAAGAAGAACCUGGAGAUCUCGACUGCGGGCGGCCUGAGCCCUCUGCCCGCAUCGUGGGGGGCUCGGACGCACAGCCGCGCACGUGGCCCUGGCAGGUGAGCUUGUAUCACCGGGGAGGGCACGUGUGUGGGGGCUCCCUCAUCGCCCCCUCCUGGGUGCUCUCGGCUGCCCACUGUUUUGUGGAGAACGGGACCUUGGAGCCCGCGGCUGAGUGGUCAGUGGUGCUGGGCGUGCACUCCCAGGACGGGCCCCUGGACGGCGUGCACGUGCGCGCGGUGGCCUCCAUCCUGGUGCCCGACAGCUACAGCGGCGUGGAGCACGGCGCCGACGUGGCCCUCCUGCGCCUGGCCGCGCCCGCCACCCUGGGCGCCGCCGUGCGCCCCGUCUGCCUGCCCCGCGCCUCGCACCGCUUCGCGCACGGCGCCAGCUGCUGGGCCACCGGCUGGGGGAACGUCCAGGAGGCCGACCCUCUGCCUGUCCCCUGGGUGCUACAAGAAGUGGAGCUAAAGCUGCUAGGUGAGGCGGCCUGUCAGUGUCUCUACAGCCGGCCAGGACCCUUCAACCUGACUUUCCAGCUGCUGCCAGGGAUGCUGUGCGCCGGCUAUCCAGAGGGCCGCAGGGACACUUGCCAGGGAGACUCUGGGGGGCCCCUGGUCUGUGAGGAAGGCGGUCGAUGGUUCCAGGCAGGAAUCACCAGCUUUGGUUUCGGCUGUGGACGGAGGAACCGCCCAGGGGUCUUCACUGCUGUGGCCUCCUACGAGAAAUGGAUCCGGGAACAGGUGAUGGGCUCGGAGACUGGGCCUGCCUUUCCCCCCCAGUCCCCAGAGUCCCAGUCAGGCCCCCAGGAACCCACAGAUGAAAACUGUACCAUCGCCCUGCCAGAAUGCGGGAAGGCCCCGCGUCCAGAAGCCUGGCCCUGGGAGGCUCAGGUGACGGUGCCAGGAUCCAGACCCUGCCAUGGGGCGUUGGUGUCUGAAAGCUGGGUCUUGGCCCCGGCCAGCUGCUUUCUGGAUCCCAUCAGCUCAGACCGCAGGCCCCAGGACCUGGACGACUGGCGCGUGCUGCUGCCCUCGCGACGGGGCGCGGAGCGGGUGGCGCGUCUGGUGCGGCACGAGAACGCCUCGUGGGACGACGCCGCCGACCUGGCGCUGCUGCAGCUGCGCGCGCCCGUCAACCUGAGCGCGGCGCCGCGGCCCGUGUGCUUGCCCUACCCCGAGCACUACUUCCUGCCGGGGAGCCGCUGCCGCCUGGCGCGCUGGGGCCGCGGCGAAGCCGCGCCCGGCCCGAGCUCGCAGCUGGAGGCCGAACUGCUGGACAGCUGGUGGUGUCACUGCCUGUACGGCCGCCAGGGGGCGUCGGUGCCGCUGCCCGGAGACCCGCCCCACGCUCUGUGUCCCGCCUACCAGGAGGAGGAAGAGGCGGGGCGCUGCUGGAACCUCUCGCGGUGGAGCCUUGUGUGCAGGGAGGAGGGGACCUGGUUCCUGGCUGGGAUCGGACCUUUGCCCUACAGCUGCCUCCGGCCUCGAGCCUUCUCCCCGCUGCAGACCCACGGCUCGUGGAUCGCCCAUGUGACACGGGGCGCAUACCUGGAAGACCAGCUGGCUUGGGACUGGGGCGCUGAGUGGGAGAAGACUGAGGCAGAGACUUGUCCCCCACACACAGAGCAGGGGGCCUGCGGCCUGCGGCCAGAGCCUGCUUCAAAGCGGGGACUGUGGCCCUGGCUGGCAGAGGUGCACGUGGCUGGUGACCGAGUCUGCACUGGGAUCCUUGUGGCACCAGGCUGGGUCCUGGCAGCCACUCACUGUGUUCUCAGGCUGGGCACCACGACGGUGCCCUACAUUGAAGUGUACCUGGGCCGGGCAGGGGCCAGCCCCCUCCCUUGGAGCCACCAGGUGUCCCGCUCGGUCAUGAGCAUCCGCCUGCCCCGUCAUCUGGGCUUCCGGCCCCCGCUGGCUCUCCUGGAGCUUAGCUCUCGGGUAGAGCCCUCCCCAUCAGCCUUGCCCGUGUGCCUUCACUCCAGGGGGUUCCCCCUGGGGGCCAGCUGCUGGGUGCUGGGCUGGAAGAACCCCCGGGACCGAGUGCCUGUGGCAGCCGCCGUCUCCAUCCUGACGCCGCAACUCUGCCACUGCCUGUACCAGGGCAUUCUGCCCCCAGGGACGCUGUGUGUUCAGUACACGGAGGGACAGGAGGACAGGUGUGAGGUGACCUCGGCCCCUCCCCUCCUGUGCCAAACUGAGGGGGGCCCCUGGGCCCUGGUGGGCAUGGCUGUGCGAGGGAGCAGAGAGUUGUUUGCCGCCGUGGGCCCAGAAGAGGCCUGGAUCUCUCAGACAGUUGGGGAGGCCCAUUUCCUGCCCCCGAGUGGCUUCCCCCACUGGACCCCAGAAAGCAGUGACCUCUGCUCCCCAGAAUUGGCGAGGGCCUCGGGUCCCCCUCGCGCGGCUCUCUUCCUCCUGCUUCUGACCCCCCUAAUCCAGAGCUGAGGAGUCUCCCCCUUCUCACAUCCUUCCCGCCCAGUGCGGCUGGAAUGUGGCCCGACCGGCUCUCUCCUUCCUUGGGAG